AAAGAAAAUGAAAUGUCCCCUGACGAUUUUGAAUUCUCUUGCCAGGAAAUUGUCAGAGAGGGUGAAGAUGCGGAGAGAAAGCUAAUUAGUUACGUUGACUGGCUUGUGACCACAGUUAAUGAUGAUCUUCCUGAUGAGAACUGGACAGUACCAGAUCCACACCCUUCUGCUGUGAAAGCCACAUCAGUUGAUAAUCAUGAUGUUGAUUAUCACAGGUUAGUAAAUUCAGUAGAGAGGCACACCAGAUGCAGUCCAGCAUAUUGCCUGAAAAAGAAGAGGGUUGGCCUGCCUGCAGAGUGCAGAUUUGGGUUCCCAAAACCAUUACAAGAGGAGACUGCACUGAUUUAUGAGGUUCGAGAAUGAUGACCAAGUGUCUUCUGCAAUCAAGAAAGCAAUGAU